AUGGCUGUAUACGGUUAUGGCAAAACCACCGACAAUCACUGCGCUGCUGAAAACUUAAACCGGGUGGCUUUUGGCCUGCGUGAUGAGCUCCUGACUGUCAUCUCCACUGGGGACGACACGAUAGGAAUUGCCAAUACAGUCACCCUCUUCAACAUCUACAAUAACCGUGAGAUUCAUGAUCGUCUUUUGGAAGAGCUCAGAACUGUUAUGCCAACGCCUGAUGCUCAUGUGCCGUACACCCAGCUUGAAAAGCUGCCGUAUCUGAACGAGACUCUUUUCGAGGAGCCGCGCAAGUUCGAUCCUGAACGUUGGCUCCAGGGACCAGAGGUGACGGCGGAGAGGGCGAAGUUUCUGGUACCUUUCUCGCGCGGGAGUCGGUCGUGUCUGGGAAUCAACCUGGCUUAUAUGGAGAUGUACAUGGCCAUUGCGUAUAUUGUGCGACGAUUCGAGUUGGACUUGGUGGGGACCAGUGCGGAGGAUAUGCAGUGGGAUGAUAUGGUGGUGCCGCAAUUCCACGGGGAGUUCCUGGCGUUGACGAAAAGGCGGGUUGAUUAG